AUGAUCUUCCCCUCCAUCUUCCUCGCCAUAUUCGUGAUGGCCUGCGAAACCAUCGCAGCACCACACAAGACCUCUACGGUGCUCGACACCAUCCAAAGCAGGAUAGAGAAGAAGAUACCAGCAAACUCCAAGGCUUCUUGCUCAGAUGUUCGCUUCUUCGACCCGAGAGUCCUCAUAGAAGAGGGUAGCAAGAAAAAGGAUUCGACCCCCUAUCUCGUGGCUAAGUGUGACGACGGCAAGGGAGGCCAAAUGUGCUCCUGGAUGCCCCUGACCGCCUGUUUCGCAAACGCCCACGGCGAAAUAGUUUACCGGAGAUACGGCGCAUUCUUCAAGUCUUGCGUGGAUUGCAAGUAUGAGAACGUUGGCGCAAACAUGAAAUGUGAAUGCCAGGGUCCCAAGGCUCGGUACAGGCCAGCAUCAACUUGA